UGUAAAUGCUACUGUGUUACUUACAAACACUACAGCCAGCAAAUGACUUUUGCCGCUGUGUAGUUAGCUCGCUAGCCAAGGCAAAUACACUCAGCACUGAUGGCGUGUUUGGCUUUACACCGUCUAACGUUAGCUAACCUAUCUAUCCUGGUUAACGCUAGCUAACUAGCUACUUACAGUUGCACUGGAUCUGACUGUCUAGGUUUUAUUAUUGUAGCUACUCCGUAACAAAAAGUAAUCUAAGAAUUGUAUACGUAGACCUAAUAUACCUUUCAAAUACUUUAUUACUUUGACGGUAAUAGCAUGGAACAGUUAGCCUUAGCUAUGUAAAGCUAACGGCAACACCCACCACUCUCGUUAGCUAGCUAACGUUAACAUAUUCUACAUUCAUGUUCUAUUAGCUAGGCUAGCUAACUACGUUUAUUUGUGUAGCUGUCUUGUCACGGUUUCUAGCUAGCUAGAUGGCUCUGCAGCAUACUUGGAUUUGUGUCGUGGAAGUAAACAAACUCGCUAACAAAGCAUAAUACUCGUUAUCUACUGGAGCUCAAAAGGCUUGGUAAAAGUAAAGAUGAAUGGGAAAGUCAUAGCCUACACUCCCAUUGCUGUUGACUGUUGGCAGUUGCGAAAGUGUAGCCAUGUUCGGCUUUUUUUCCUCUCGCACAUGCAUACGGACCACACCUCUGGCCUCACAUCCACUUGGAGUAACCGUCCCAUCUACUGCUCACCUGUGACCUCCAAACUCCUAAAACUUAAACUACAGGUGAAAGAGAAUUGGAUCCAUGCUCUAGAGGUUGGGAACCACACAUGCUGCCAUUGGGAUGACAUUGGGAAAGAAAAGAUGACUGUUACCCUUAUUGACGCUAACCAUUGUCCUGGGGCAGUUAUGUUUUUUUUUGAAGGGUACUUUGGCACCAUUCUUUACACUGGGGACUUUCGUUACACACCAUCAAUGCUGCGUGAGCCAUGCCUGAGAAACAACACUACCAUUGAUGUACUGUAUCUGGACAACACUAACUGUGACCCCACUCGGUCUAUUCCUUCUCGCCAGCGAGCCUGUCAGCAGAUAAAAGAGAUCAUAAGAGGUCAUCCAAACUAUGCUGUGGUCAUUGGUAUGUAUACCCUGGGUAAGGAGUCUCUACUUGUAGAGCUGGCUAUGGAGUUUAAGACGUGGGUAGAGGUGGACGUGGAGCGACUGGAGACGCUCCAGACCCUCGAGCUCCCUGAUGUGUUCACCACAGAGCGGGGUGCCGGGCGCAUCCGUGCAGUCAGUCAGUCCGAAAUCACAGCUUCUAACCUGCUGGCCUGGAACAAAGAGCAACCCACCAUUGCCGUACUGCCCACCAGCCGCCCUGUGGUCUCCUGCCACUCCAACGUCCAUGUUGUGCCCUACUCCGAUCACUCCUCCUACCAGGAGCUGGAGGACUUUGUCUCAGCCCUGCGGCCUGUCUCGCUGCUACCCAUCGUGGGCAGCUGCUUGCCUUACUUCUCCUGCCUCCUGAGCCCACGCAGGAAGCUCCACAAGGUGGUGGUACCGGAGUCGGUGCAGCGCUACAUGGCAGCUGAUCCUAGUGCCCCACACACCGCUUUCAACCCAGCCCCCGUGCUGCGCCAGCCGUCACGGCUGCUGCCUCGAGGAGUCGUGUUCGAGUCGCCCAGGCAAAAGUGCCCCAGACUCAACGAUAGGUACUUGAAUGCUGUGGACGGUGUGGAUGACCAUGUUGACUCUGACCCUAACUCAGUUGACUCUGACGUUGAUCUGGACUCGGAUUGUGUGCUGCUGGACAUGAGUGUGGACCUCACUCGCUGUACAAGCAGUCCUCAGUGUAGGGGCACAACUCUGGCGCAAGUUGCAUCGAAGGACGCGAUCAUGAUCGACAGCCUGCAGCACGAAGAUGAGUUCUUCAUUGCGCAAUAUGGCACCAGGUCCCCUAGUACUAAAAGCACAAGUGAAGGCAACAGUUUAAGUUGCGUCUAUACACCCACUCAGAGCCUUAGCCCAAAGCCCAAGAAGAGAAGCCCCCAGCUGGGAAGCACCAAGCCCAGAGCCACGUGUCCAUCAAUGGACAGUAUUAUUCUCCAUGAUGGCACCUGCAUGACAGCUAUUGCAGCCUUAACCCCAGCUGAAACGCAGCCCGAGUCAUCGGAUCAGUCCGUAGCUGCUGACAGAGAGACCAUUGAGCAGUGGUUACUUAGCAAUUUUACUAUUCCAGAGGAGGAGCUUGCAGGUCAGUAUGGCAUCUUCCAAGGCCUACGUGAGGCUUAUUACCUCGCGCCUGUCAAUAUGCUGAAACCAGUGAGCGAUCCCUUUGAAGCUGCAAUACAAAGAUUAAAAUCCAAGCAGGUAUUUAUGUGAAUGUCACCGUAUGGUGGUGUUGUAUGGUGGUGUUAAAUGGAAGCCCCAAAUGCUGCUUUUGUUUGCAAAUCUCCAUUACUACAUACAAAUAUUUUGCUUUUUUGAUUGUUCUAAAAAAUAUUUAUCAAAGUGAUCUUGAUAAUAAAAAAAAAAACAGGAGGAUAAAAGCCCUUUAACUUUUAUUACUGUUUUGAUUUGUAUUACAUUGCACUUUGAUUUGUUGACUUUCCUUGAAACGAACUGGUAUUGUGACUUAAGCUCCAUAUCCCAACAAAUGGAACACCUCAUUGUUGGGUCAUCAGUUACUUAUUCACAUUUAUUUUCUGCUCUUUACAAGUGUUAUUGAACCUACUAUAAGAUUCAUUUUUAAAAUAAUCUCCUUAAUCUGGUGUUGCAUUUAAACCCUUAUGUUUUACUGUUGUAAAAACUGUUCUUUGUAGUUUGUACAGUGUCUUUCAGCUCAUUGUAACAGCAUUAUGUUGUGUUUUUGCACACAUUCCUGCAUGAUCUGUUGUGCCAUCACGUUUUCUGUUUGCUUUCUGUUGUCUUUUACUUUUUGCUUCCUAAAAUUAUGGAAGUCGUGGUAGUGUUAAAAACACCAAUAAUAAAUUCUCUCAUA